GUGUUUGAUAUCAUUCCAUAACUCCUUCUGUGUUCUUCUUUCUGGGGUGGUUCUCUUGCUCAAUGUCUGAUAAGAACACAAGCUCUGGCGCGUCUAAAGGGGAAAUACCUUCCCAGCCAGACAAGGGAAAAACGCACACCGGUGACAAUGAGAAGGAGAUUAUCUCACUAGAUGAGGGCGAUAUUGCUAUUCUCAAAGCAUACGGACAGGGACCUUAUUCUGCACCUAUUAAAGAGCUUGAAGCCGACAUUGCACGUAUCACGAAGUCAAUUAAUGACAUUUCUGGGUUCAAGGAGUCUGACACAGGUUUGAGUCAACCGAGCACCUGGGACCUAAUAGCUGACAAGCAGAUGAUUCAAGAAGAACAACCGCUUCAAGUUGCUCGAUGCACUAAAAUCAUAAAUCCAGGGACUGAAGAUGCGCAGUAUGUCAUAAACUUGAAGCAGAUAGCUAAGUUUGUUGUUGGGCUGGGCGAGGAUGUGUCACCAACAGACAUCGAGGAGGGCAUGAGAGUUGGAGUGGAUCGAAAUAAGUAUCAAAUUCAGAUUCCGUUGUUACCGAAGAUAGAUCCGGCUGUGAUGAUGAUGACGGUAGAGGAGAAGCCAGACGUGACGUAUGAGCAUUUGGGCAGUGUCAAGGAGCAAUUGGAGAGGUUGAGAGAGGUUGUAGAAUUGCCGUUGCUUCAUCCUGAGCGUUUCGUGAGUUUAGGGAUCGACCCACCUAAAGGAGUACUGCUAUAUGGCCCACCCGGUACAGGGAAGACAUUGGCGGCGAGGGCGGUGGCGAAUCGGACGGACGCGACGUUCAUUCGCGUGAUUGGGUCAGAAUUGGUACAAAAGUAUGUUGGAGAGGGUGCGCGUAUGGUGAGAGAAUUAUUUCAGAUGGCUCGAAGCAAGAAGGCUUGUGUGAUUUUUUUCGACGAAGUGGACGCGAUAGGUGGGGCGAGAUUUGAUGACAAUGCUGGAGGAGACAGUGAGGUUCAGCGGACGAUGUUAGAACUUAUUAAUCAACUGGAUGGAUUUGAUCCUCGAGGAAAUAUCAAGAUUAUUAUGGCUACGAACCGUCCCGAUACGUUGGAUCCUGCUCUCCUUCGUCCAGGUAGAUUAGAUCGAAAAAUCGAAUUUGGUCUUCCUGAUCUUGAAGGGCGUGCUCAGAUCUUUAAAAUUCAUGCACAGCGAAUGAAUGUCGAGCCCAAUAUACGAUAUGAACUCUUUGCUCGUUUGUGUCCGAACGCCACUGGAGCCGAUGUUCGAAGUGUAUGUACGGAAGCUGGCAUGUUUGCCAUCCGUGCUCGAAGGAAGAUGGUUACCGAAAGAGAUUUCCUGGAUAGUAUUGAAAAGGUUAUCAAGGCCUAUGCCAAAUUCUCAGCUACGCCUAAAUACAUGGUCUACAAUUGACAGCAGAGAGACAAAUUUUUGGUUUUGAUAUUUCCCCCUAAACGUAUACAGCCUAUAUCCUUUAUCCUUCUUAUAUCUGUGUAUAUGAUCCAUACAUCCCUGCAUACGCAUGCGCCUGCAGAAUGUACAGGCCUGCUUUUUUUUUUAGCAGGAUAUUUAGACUUUUUUUUCGACGUGAAGGGAAAUGAUUCAAGUGCGCAUCAGAUAGAAUUUGAAGGUGUAAGUGCUCUGUAUAGACUAAAUUUUCCAGGAAGGCAGGGGGAAAUGUCGGCCAAAAUGAGGGCUGACAUCUUAUGUGCUCUUUGUUGGCGAAGCUGCCUGCGAAAGUGUAUAAUAAUUUUUUUUCUUCCUUUUUUAAUUCAAGUAAGACCAAGGUGUUCUUGGUCAUUGCCGUUGCAGGUGUUUACCCCUUUGAGAUGAGUGAGACUAGCACAUUGAUUGAGCCGGUGAUCAUCCAGGAAAGUCCCUCUGUCAAGUCACCGGAGUCCAUUUAUGCCUCCGAUCCGAAGAGAUAUCACGAAAAGUGUGAAAAAGCAAUCGAUGAUAUGCUCAAGAAUGAUCCCUUUUUGAAGAGCAUGAUUUAUUCUCUGUCUCAGUUGAACUGUGAGGUUACUAGAGAGUUUUUCAAAUGCAAGGCGUGCCCCAUUAAAGUGGGUGGGUUAUAUGAUUCCAGACUCGGCGUUCGUUGUUAUAUUUUUUAAUUUCACUGCUGAUUGUGGACGAGCGUGUUUUGCACGUUCGAUUCAUGAUAGUUUUGCUAAUUUGCACUACUUACAAGCAUUUGAACGGGCAUUCUUUUUCAUGCAUUUGUUUCGCGUAUUAGCUUGUUCUAUGUGAAAAUCAGAUUGGUUACAAACAGACUCUCGAGGACACGUUAAUGCAUGAAAUGGUUCAUGUCUAUGAUCGGUGUAGGACGAACAUCAAUCCUGAUGACUGUAUCCAGCUGGCCUGUUCGGAGAUUCGAGCGGCCAAUUUGAGCGGGGAAUGCAAUUGGAGUCGGGAAAUCUUCCGUCAGCAAUUUAACGUACAAAAGCAGUAUCCGAAAUGUGUCAAGAGGAGAGCGGAGUCUUCGUUGAGGAUGUAUCCUCACUGUUCGAAAAAGGCACCUUUUUAUGUGGAAGCGGCGUGGAGAAGUUGCUAUAGGAAUACAGAACCCUUCGAAUCAGCAUCACGCUGAGACGAGGUAUACGACGGCCAUGUGCGUGUAUAUUUAAGAGGGAUGGCCAGUACGUUUUUUUUCGACGGGUUGACAGGAUUUCUGCUUUCUGUAGUUUUGAAGGACGUCUUGAAAUUUGGCAAAUUACGCCUCCAAGAGGAGACGGGAGUUUGAAUUUAGAACGAAAGAUGAGGGCUUUGUCGUGAGGAGGUGUGCACGAUUUUUGAUCAAGCACGCACCGUGCGUUCGCAAACUCAUAUGUCUAAUAAAGCACAGUA